UCUCAGGGUUUCGCAACGAUAGGGGGUAAAAGAUGGCGGUGCGGAAGAAGGAUGGGGGGCCGAAUGUUAAGUUUUAUGAGUCGUCAGACACAGUGUCUCAGUUCGACAGCGUGCGCAUCUGGUUGGGAAAGAACUACAAAAAGUAUAUCCAAGCAGAACCACCUACCAAUAAAUCUCUGUCAAGUUUAGUAGUACAGUUGCUGCAGUUCCAGGAAGAAGUGUUUGGGAAACAUGUGAGCAACGCCCCUCUCACUAAAUUACCGAUGAAGUGCUUCCUAGAUUUUAAGAAUGGAGGAGCAUUGUGCCAUAUUUUAGCUUCUGCCUAUAAGUUCAAGAGUGAUCAAGGAUGGCGUCGUUUUGAUUUUCAGAACCCAUCUCGAAUGGAUCGCAAUGUCGAAAUGUUCAUGACUGUUGAAAAGUCAUUGGUUCAGGACAAUUGUUUUUCACGGCCAAAUAUUUGUCUGCAUCCUGAUAUUGAACCAAAACUUUUAAGCAAGCUUAAAGAUAUUGUCAAAAGGCAUCAGGGUACUGUCACAGAGGAUAAGGCCAUCGCUUCCCAUAUUGUUGUCCCUAGUCCCAGCAGUUUAGAAGAAGAAGAGUGGGUGCGCCCUGUGAUGAAGAGAGACAAACAGGUUCUGUUGCACUGGGGUUAUUUUCCAGACAGCUAUGAUACCUGGAUACCAGCCAGUGAAAUAGAGGCAGCUGUUGAAGACCCACCUAUUCUAGAGAAACCUAGAAAGGUUCAUGCAAAGUGGAUUUUGGAUACAGACACUUUCAAUGAAUGGAUGAAUGAAGAGGAUUAUGAAGUGAAUGAGGAAUGGAGACCUGUUUCCCGUCGGAAGAAAAUAUCUGCAAAAACACUGACAGAUGAAGUAAGCAGUCCUGAUUCAGAUCGGAAGGACAAGAAAGCUACCAACUUUAAGAAGCGAAAACGCUCUCCUUCACCAUCUACUACUCCAGACUCCAAAAAGAAGAAUGCCAAGAAAGGCCUUUCUACACCCUGUACCAAAUCAAAGCGUGGACAUCGGGAGGAGGAACAGGAGGACUUGACAAAGGAGAUGGAUGAACCCUCACCUGUCCCAAAUGUGGAAGAAGUCACUCUACCCAAAAGUGUGAAUACAAAGAAGGAUUCUGAAUCUGCUCCUGUGAAAGGUGGCAUCAUGACGGAGAUAGAUGAGCAAGAAGAAGAAAACCCAGAAACACCUGGAAAGACGGAGGAAGAAGAAGGCACAGCUGGAAACAAAGAACAGGUGAAGAACCCUGAUCCACAUGAGGAGAGUGCAACAGAGCAGACCCAUCACAUCAUUAUCCCCAGCUAUGCUGCUUGGUUUGACUAUAACAGUGUCCAUGCCAUUGAGAGGAGAGCUCUGCCAGAAUUCUUCAAUGGAAAGAACAAGUCCAAAACACCAGAAAUAUACUUAGCGUAUCGAAACUUUAUGAUCGACACGUACCGGCUGAAUCCACAGGAAUACUUGACUUCAACUGCAUGUCGCAGGAAUCUGGCAGGGGAUGUUUGUGCAAUUAUGAGGGUGCAUGCAUUUCUAGAACAGUGGGGUCUUAUCAAUUACCAAGUAGAUGUUGAAAGCCGUCCCACUCCAAUGGGACCUCCACCUACAUCACACUUUCAUGUCCUUGCUGACACGCCAUCUGGUCUAGUACCACUACAGCCCAAAACACCACAGACACCUGCUUCACAGCAAAUAUUAAAUUUUCCAGAAAAGACAAAAGAGAAAUCAAUAGAUUUGCAAAACUUUGGGCUACGCACUGACAUAUAUACAAAGAAGAAUACCACCUCCAAGAGCAAAGCAGCAGCCAAUGCUACAAGGGAGUGGACUGAACAGGAAACUCUUCUUUUGUUGGAGGCAUUGGAGAUGUACAAGGAUGAUUGGAACAAAGUCUCUGAGCAUGUGGGUAGUCGAACACAAGAUGAGUGCAUUUUACAUUUUCUUCGGCUACCCAUUGAAGAUCCAUAUUUGGAGGACUCUGAGGCAUCACUUGGCCAGCUAGCCUAUCAGCCUAUCCCCUUUAGUCAAUCUGGAAACCCUGUUAUGAGUACUGUGGCAUUCCUUGCUUCUGUUGUGGAUCCACGGGUAGCUUCAGCAGCUGCAAAAUCUGCACUAGAAGAGUUUUCAAGGAUGAAGGAAGAGGUUCCCACAGCUCUGGUUGAAGCCCACAUCCGAAAGGUUGAAGAUGCAGCUAAGGUGACAGGGAAGUCAGACCCAUCCUUUGGCUUGGAGAGCAGUGGAAUUGCGGGAACAGCACCAGAUGACACAGACAGAAUGGGAGAAUCUGGCAUCAGUGCAAGCCCCAAACAGCAUGGAAUGCAACCUUUGGAUGGAGGGGGUCUUUCCUGGAGAGAUUCACGCCAACCAGCAGAUGAAAGCAGUGAUGACAGCAGGUCAGACAUGCAGCAGGCUGAAGAAAAAAAGGAUCCAAAGGAUAUCCAAGAAGGAACGUCUGAGGAUGAACAUAAAGAAAAAUUGAUGGAGCCUUCCAGAAAAGAGGAGGAACAAAGAAAAGAGGGAGAAAGUGACAGAGAAGGAGAUAAAAGUGAUGUUGAAAUGGGUGAUGAAGAAAAGGAAAAAGAGCAGAAAGAGUGUACAGGUGAUGAUCAGAAGGAUGUUGAAGAUGAUGGAGAAAACAAUACAAAAGUGGAGAGAGACAUUGGAGAAGGAAACCUGGCUACUGCAGCUGCAGCAGCCUUAGCUGCAGCAGCUGUGAAAGCUAAGCAUCUUGCAGCAGUGGAGGAGCGUAAGAUUAAAUCUCUAGUUGCCUUACUUGUAGAGACCCAGAUGAAAAAGUUAGAAAUUAAGCUGCGACACUUUGAGGAGCUGGAGGCCAUUAUGGAUCGUGAAAGAGAGGCACUGGAGUAUCAGAGGCAGCAGCUGCUUGCAGACAGACAAGCUUUCCACAUGGAGCAACUAAAGUAUGCAGAAAUGAGAGCCCGUCAACAGCAUUUUCAGCAAAUGCAUAGUCAACAGCAACAGCCUCCUCUCCCUUCAUCUGCCCCUGCCACACAGCAAAUGGGAGGACCUCCAGUACAAUUUUCUCAUUCAGGAACAGCGUCUGGGUCACAAACAUCAAUGACCAACAUAAACACUGCCUCUCCGGCCCCAAGUGGGCCACAGAGUAGCACUGCACAGAGUCCUGGGGAACAGUCACAGCAGCAAGGAGGAUCAUCACAGGCCUUAAUGCAACAGCAGUGUCAGCCACCAGUAGCCCCACACAGUCAGGCAUCAUAUCCUAGUCAGCAGACUCCUAAUGCGGUGACAUCAGGGAAUGUGCCAGUGGGCAUUCACCCCAACACAUCUGAUCAGGGGACCACAUUACCAGCAGAUACUCUCUCUCCAGUCCCAGCAGCAGUGACCCCAGUGCCUACACCGCAGUGAGUGAAGUAGAAACAUGGACUGACGAUGCAAGACUUGUACUUUUCCAGCUUAGAUCACACCAUUAUUUUCCAAAUCUUGGAGACCUGGUUUGAAAAGGUUAUGCUGAAAAAACAAGGGUUGGGGUGCAUUUGUCACCAUGGGUCCAAUCCAGAUAUUUGAAACUUUAAAUUUUGUGGAGAAUUGUGGUCAUCUUUAUUUCAAAAAGGUGCAGUAUAUUUUAACAUUUGCCUGUGACUCCUACCGUGGAAUACGCCUGCAUCUUGGUUCAGAAAGUUAUGCUUUGUUGCAUAUAACAUUGAAGUGGCAUUAAUACUGCAACAGUUUGGCGAUAGCAGGGGGCCAAAAUAUCUUCAGUAUUUUGAUAGCUGUUGUACUUUUGACAGAUACUCAGCAGCCUAAGGUAAUAUAUUUUUCUCUGUAUGGAAGAAUUUGCCUUUUUAAUAGCAAUUAUAAACCAUUACUUUUGUUGUGCUAUAAUGGUGAGUGGUGAACAGAUACUCUCAGAGAAUUAAAUAAUUCAGUCCCUAUGCAGUACAGCUGCUGUAUCUGUGUAGUUCUUUGUAGAGAAAAUGGUGAUAUUUAGAAGCCCUCUUCACAAAUGCCUAAAAACCUAACAGAUCCACUUUGGCCUCCAGUAAGUGGACUAGGAAGGAUGCCAUACUAGGAAGUUGCCUCAUGCUUUGUGCAUCACAAAGCAGGGUUACAUAGUUUCUUUGUCAUUGUCAGACAUUAGUUUGUGUUAAGAGAAGUACUUAUAAUGCAUUGACAGUUUUAGGCAUGUAAAGCCAACUUUGAAAAGAUUAAAUUAUUUGUAUUAAGGCUUCUCGAAGUUGCGUUAUAGGAGUAUGCGGUUGUUAGUGAAUGUUAUUUAAAGAGCAUCUGGGUUUAGAUGCUAGAAUAUUUUACUCUAUUUUUAAAAUCUUCCAAUGAAUGACUAUUUUGUUUUAAAACUGUGAGGGGUUAGAAAUCGGAAUACGAAAUAUACUUCUCACUAUAUAAAAAUAAAUUUUCUCCACAUGUUAAAAGGUAUCUUCAAAUCUGACUUAAGCUCCAUUUACAUUUUUACUUUGCGUUUCUGUUGGUGUGGAUUGGUGAGUUGUUGGGGCUCCUGCCCAUAAGGGAUUUAAAUGGUAUAGUUUAGAGGAUGUAUUUUAGCUCAUUGGACAAACUCAUCAUUUUGCACAUAAGCAUAUUUGUCACAUCUGGUUUGUGUGCAGAAUCAGGCUUGAUUUUACCUUUGCCAGAUUUAAAUUAGUGGCAUGCUUCUGUUAGGACAUGAAAUGUCCUAAUUGAGACUGCAAACAUAUUAAAAUAGACUCAUAUGUUGGUUGCUAUCCUACUGACCCACUUUUGCCUGCAGCCAGAGCAAAUUAUUUCAUUACUGUUCCACAUUUCUAGACCAAUAAGUGUGGAUAUGUAUGAAUGAUAGUUGACUUUUCUCAUCCUUUUUUUUUGGAAAUCUGAUGAGGGUCUUAGCCCCCUGGGAUGAGACUGCAAGCAAGUCAGCAAACAUUACUGACCUUGUUAAUGGCACACAGCUACUGCUAAUGCAUUUUAGUCUGCUGCUUUGUAUACAUACCUUGCAUUUUCCUUUGGGACAGAUACCCAGUAGUUUACUAUUGUCCAGAAAUAUAUGCAGGUAAAUAUACACACUUGUUAAUUUGCAUGGAAAUGUGAUCUUGUAUUUCCUGUCCAGUUUUAUGGCUGAAGCAGUAGCCUGGGUCCAAUUGAAUUGUUUGUGGUCAUAAAUUUCUCUUGUUUCCAAGAACUGCUGUUUUGUUUUGUUUAGGGCCUUGUAAUCAUUAUUGCUGGUAUAGUCUCCUACUCACAGUGCUGUAUGUUUCUGCAACAGAUUUUUGUCAUUGUGGAAAUUAUCUUAGGUUUAUUAGUCAGCACUGGUUAAGCAUGAGGUGGGUAGGCUAAUUUUUUAUAAGUGACAGGGAAUUUCAAUUGGCAUUUUUGGCAGUGUUACUGUGAUGUGAGCAGUAUUAUUCAUACCCUGUGGUACUGUGGCACCCAGUUACAUAUUUCCUCACAGAGUUCUGCGUUAUCUUGAGUAGUGUGCUUUGGACUGAUUACAGCCUACUAUAUAUGGUACACAUCAUUUCAUAGUUUGUUGAGCAGACCAUUUUUCUGCAGCCUGCUGUUAUGUGGCCAGUUGUUUGCCAUACUGUAAGGUUAAGUGGCUGUUGCAAGAGUUUAUAAUUACAAUACAGUGCCCACAUGUCUCAUAAGUAGUGCACAGAACACCUGGAAGUGAAUAAGUAUUUGUUUGCAACUUAAUGGUUGAAGUAGCAGAGGACCCUCUGAUGGUGACAUAGUAAACUUGAAAAUGUUUUUGCAGUCUUAGUUUAUGGAAAUGUUCAUGCUACAAUAUCGGAUGUAAAUAAUCUGAAUAUAUUACCAGGAUGUUCUUUAAAGUAUCAAUAUGUGUUGGUAUGAAUCUCUUGUCAGUUUAGACAUGCUUUUUUUGUUUUUCUAAAUGGUGAUGCAUCAGUAUCUCAGAAAUGUGUGUAACUAGACCUUAAGUCUUUGGAUUCCCAGGAUUCUGGUCAUAGUCAUUUUUGUUCUGGAUUUUAGCCUGUAGUCUGGAUGGACAGAUUUAUAGUUUUUUUGUUAUUUCAUUGUAAAUGAAACACCUGAAAAUACAUCAAGAUCAGCUGUCUGAAAUUCCCCCUUUCCCCAAAAAAUAUUUUACAAAAGUAGAUUUUAGACUGUAUACAUUUUGCUUUAAAUGAACAUGCUCCCUUUGAUGAUGGGUUUUGAAAACAAAAUGAAAUACUGUAUUAAAAUAUGUCAGUUA